AUGGAAUAUAGCUGCAAUGAAAGUAAUAAAUGUAUUAUCACAAGCAAUGAAUUAGACACCAGUUUUUAUCAAAAUUCAUCAGUCGAAUAUAUCUAUAUUACUGGAGAAGUUACAAAGAUACCAAAUUACUGUUUUGGUUUCUGCACUAAUCUCAUUGAAGUUCACUCAUGCUCGAAAAUUUCAUAUAUAGGAGAAUAUGCUUUUGUUCGAUGCUUGAAUUUAAAAAAUAUAAGCUUUUUAUCUAAUGUUGAAGUAAUUAGUGAUUUUGCACUAUGCAAUACAAACAUCGAAUCAAUUCAUCUUAAUAACAAUUACGUCAAAAUUGGAAACCAUGCAUUUUACUCAUCUCAUAUGAAAGAAAUCACUUUACCUCAAAACAUUACUACAAUUCUGAAUGGAACAUUUCUUGGUACAGGUCUGAAGACAAUAAAAAUUCCAUCUAAAGUUGAAAAAAUUAUGGGAUACGCUUUCGGUUAUUGUGCAAUAGAAUCAAUCGAAUUACCAGAAUCACUAAUUUUUAUUGGACAAUAUGCGUUUAUUAAUUGUGUUCUACUUAAAAAUAUUACAUUACCGAAAAGCCUAAAAAUUGUGGAAUGUAAUGCAUUUUAUGGCUCAGGAAUUAGAAAAUUAGAAUAUCCAGAAACAAUUGAAAAAAUAGAUUUUACUGACGCAGAACUAAACUAUCUAUCGUUUCCUGUAUCUGCUGUUAAUUUUCAUCAUGAACCUUUUGAUCCUCAAACAUAUAAAAAAUCUAUUGUUAAUGUUACAUAUAGACCUAAUGAUAAGAUUAUUCCAAAAUAUCUUUAUUAUAAUUGCAUUGAUCUAAUAGAAAUAGAUGAAAAUAAGCUUAUUUUUAGGAAUGGACAAUUUUGCCUAUUACCAGAAAAUAUCGAAGUAAUUGAAGAAUAUGCAUUUUAUGGUACAGAUAUUACAAAGAUUAAAUUUUCCAAAUCAGUGAAAAUAAUCAAGCGAAACGCAUUUAAAACAAUGGAUGGUUUUUCACCAGUAAUUUUUUCAAAUAUUACAUUUCAAUCAAACAAUAUAAGCAUUUAUCAAUUCUUAAACGCGCAAAUAAUAAAUUUCCCAGAUAAAGAUGGAAACAUGAAAACUAUUAAUUUAACAUCAAAUGAUGAAGCAGAAUAUAAAGGUGAAGAUUUAACUGAAUUAACAAUGUUUCAAUUUUACGGUUAUAGAAAUGAAUCAUUAUCAUUACCCGAAUCAAUAACAACGAUACCAUCAUUCUGCUUUUAUCACGCUUCAUUUCAUCAUAUCAAUUUAUCUCAUAUCGUUCAUGUGGGAGAUUGUGCUUUUUAUGAAACAAAUUCAAAUAAUUUUACAUUUUCAGAUAAAUUAAUCUCCAUUGGAAAUUACGCAUUUGAAAAAGUUAAUUAUCUUAUAUUAAAUCUUCCAGAAUCUAAAGUAAUAACCUAUGGCGAAGGUGCAUUUUACAUUAUAUUCGGAUUUAAUUUGCAACCUAUUGUUAACACAAUGGAAUUUAUUCCUAAAUAUUGCUUUGCUUCAUCAAAUUAUUAUAUGAUGGGAGAUACUUAUCCUAAUGAUCUGGAAAUACCAUAUACAAUUAAACUGAUCGGGUAUGGGGCAUUCGAAGGUUCAUAUUUCUCUUCACUUAAAAUCAAUAACGGAGAUUACACCAUACAAUCUUAUGCAUUUUAUUAUACUCAAGUUGCUCGACUCGAUUUUAAUUAUGGUUUGCAGAAAAUAGAAGACAAUGCUCUUAACUAUGGAAUUGAUAUUCCAAAUAAUAAUUUAAAUGAAUAUGAAAGAUAUAGAAUUGGACUUGAACCAAAUUAUAAUUUUGAUUUUCGAAAACAGGAUCCAUUGUAUCAAAUGGGCCAAAACAUAUAUUAUUGUAAUGACCAAAAUUGCACGAUCUUCGAUGAUGGCGCUCUAUCAAUGUAUAGUAUUGGCCCUUCUGAUCUAAUUUUUGGCGAUAAUAUUUUUGUAAUGGAUUUACAAGGUGAUGCAAAUCCUGAAGCAGGAAAUUGGGUGUCUACAAAAAAUUUUUAUUAUUCAGGAAUUUAUGAUAAUGAUGACAAUAUAUCUGCAUCAAUGAAAUUUUUCAUUUAUAGAUUUAGUGAAAAUGUUUAUGUUCCAAGUACUUAUAAAAAUGACACACUUGCAGGGAAACCAAUCAAAUAUUAUGAUACUAAAUAUAAUUAUAUAACAUAA